AUGAUUUUAUCACCGGAGGAAUGUGGCUGCCCACUAUCAGAUGGCGGAACAUCCAUAUCCAAUUCUCCAGUCUGCAGUGGUCUGGCUCUGUUCAUGAUACUCAUAGAGGGCUACCUCAAGGGUCGGUGCGACAUCGCCACGCCAUGCCAGAUAGUGGAGUCAGUUGACAAAAUGGAACAGGAGUACGACUUUAUUGUCGUCGGCGCAGGCGCCGCAGGGGCCAUUGUCGCAGGGAGGUUGAGUGAAAAUAAGAAGUUUAAGUGGUACCGCGAACGGAAUCCCGGUAGAGAAAUACCAUCUCGAUUUAUUUUGAAAAGGUUGAUGGAUAAUUUGAACAAAUUAGGACGAUUUCAUCGUCGCGUACCGCAGCCACAGCACCAAAUGAUAAACGUUAACAAUGAUGAACUCGACAUUUUGAUUUACUUUGAGGCGAACCCGAAGAAUUCAGUGAGGGAAGGUGGUUCAAACCUCCUUAAUGGUAUGAUGUACCAUCGAGGACACGCUCCAGACUACGAAGACUGGGUAAAAGCAGGCGCCGUAGGAUGGUCUUGGGAAGAGAAUAAGAAGUAUUUCUAUAUGACUGAAGGCAACAAACAAGUUGGAACAUUGGUUAACGCCAGCUACCAUUCCAGUAAUGGUACUUUGCCGAUACAACAGUUUAACGAACAGCCACACUUCCUCUACGAGAUUCUUAACGCCAUAAACGAGACCGGUCUGCCGGUGCUGUCCGAUAUGAACGACCCAUACACCCCUGACGGGUUCGUGAUUGCCCAGACCAUGUCAGACGACGGUCAAAGAGUAACUACAGCAAGAGCGUACCUGAAACCACAAUCUGAACGUCCUAACUUAAAUGUGAAGACCAACGCACAUGUCACUAGGGUUCUACUGGAUGGCAAAAACGCUUAUGGUGUGGAGUAUAUCAAUGAAAACGGCGAGACAAAGACUAUCACCGCUAGUAAAGAGGUAAUUUUAAGUGCAGGUGCUCUAAACAGCCCCCAUAUUUUGCUGCUCUCUGGCAUCGGACCAAAAGAGACGCUAGACAAAUUCAAAAUCCCUUUAAUAGCUGAUCUUCCCGUUGGCAAGAACUUGAGGAAUCAUGUGGGCCUAACCUUAUACUUCUUAGUGACUAAAAUGAACAACACCCAAAUUCUGGACUGGUCUGUCUUUACGGAGUACAUGCUGGAAAGAAAUGGGCCAAUGUCUAGUACAGGCAUAACCCAGUUAACCGGAAUCCUGUACUCGAGCCUAGCGGACAGAUCUCGUGAUCAGCCAGACCUUCAAUUUUUCUUCAACGGCUUCUACGCGGAGUGCUCGAAAACUGGCCAAAUCGAUGAGGUUAUUGGAGACGGAGACUGCUACCUUAACGGACGAAACAUUUCAGCCAACGGAGUCUUGCUCCUACCUCGGAGUAUCGGCUAUCUAACACUGAAGUCAACGAAUCCUCUAGACCCACCUCUCUUCUUUCCCAACUUUUUCGACGAACCUGAGGAUAUGGUGAUGGCUAAAGACGCAGCACGGUAUUUGCAGAAGAUUUUUGAGAGUGAUACGAUGAAGAACAAAUACGGGGUGAUCUUGGACCCGGAAUACACACAAGGCUGCGACUCGUCAAAGGAAUGGUCAGAUGCGUGGAUCGAGUGCAUGACGCGUCUGCAUACGGACGCGCAGAACCACCAGCUCGGCACCGCUGCUAUGGGAAUGGUCAUCGAUCCUGAACUCAAGGUUUAUGGUGUUUCAGGUUUACGAGUCAUCGACGCAUCAUCAAUGCCGACUCAGCCGAGUGGAAACCCUCAAGGUGCCAUUAUGCUGGUCGCAGAGAAAGGAGCUGUUCUGAAAUAAGGCACACUAACAAAAAGAAUUCAUAGAAGGCUAUCAGUCUACAUCUACGUGUAUAAACUCCACCAUAUAUAUUCUUCUUCUUUCAUAAACUUUCUGAUAAAUAAACUAUGUAAGAGUUGAAAAUUAGUUGGGAUUUCCGCCACGUUGCGGAAUGUUAGGGUUGGAUUCCACUUGGUAGUGCGCCACAGACAGCACAGUAAGGAUAUUAAAUUUGUUUUCUAAACGGUAUCAACCAUAAAUAAUCAAAAGCAGGGCUUUUUCAUGCCAAGUGACGGGAAGAGCAAGUACUGCUUGGCUGCAGAAAUAGAUAAGGUAGCAGUACUUCCUUGGAUGUACUCUUUCAAAAGAAGCUCUUCUGCUGCUAAAAUUAAAUAAUUGCGGACAUA